AUGCUGCUAAACUUCAAUGCUCCUGUGGGUUACUCGAAAAAACCGCUUAAUUCGGCUCUUUCAACCAUAAAAACCCCGGAAAGCUGGGUGGAACUGCCGAAAAGCGGGGCAUUUUCACUCGAACAGCUUCCUACAGAUGUAGUCCUUCUAAUACUACGCUUUACGGGUCAAUUGGACGUUCUAAACCUCGCAUGUACCAGUAGCACUAUGGCCAACCUCUGUUUAUGUAGAAUACACGAUACAAUCAUUGUAGACUCUUCCUAUACACCGUUCAAUAAGGAGCACAGCUUGGGGGCCACUUAUGUCAAUCUGUUGUUUUACUUCAAAAAAUUGCUCAGGACUUACAACGGGAAGUAUGCGAUUCGGAAGUUCUCAGUAGUGGACCUUCCGGACCUGUUCAAUGUAUAUGAUGCCGAAUUGAACAACUUGAUAAAACUGUUCUUGGCACGGCUUAAUCAUUUGAACGAACUUGUGUGGCUGCUGGAUGGGUUUCGUCUCGAACAUCUCAUGCAAUUGUCCGAACACAAUUUGUCCAGAAUCGACGUAAAGGUGUACACGUCCAGCCAUCCAUCCGAAACAAAACGUCGGAUUUUGAAAGCGGACUUCCCAGAUCUCAAGGCUUUGAGUCUAUCGCCGAUUCCUACUCUGAGAAAAUUAGCAGAGCUACUCAAGGAGUUUUUGAGUAGCCACUCAACCAAACUUGACGCUUUGGCGCUAUCAAGGUACAAUAGCAAAUUGGCCAGCUUUGUGCCAACCGCAGAGGAGUUAUCGAGCCUAGACGAGUCGGUGGACACCACUCAUCGGGCAGACUUGGAGACGGACUCUUUGACAACGAUUUUUGAGACUAUGAGGCCCGAUGUGUACGGAUCACUUACACAGCUUACACUAGAGCAUAUGCUUGUGAGUUUCAAAGACGCUGAGUUGUUGCGCGCCAGCGUGAAUAUGACCCAAAUCUCGCUUUUGCGUUUGUCCAAUAUUUCUGAGUACGAGAUUGAAGAGUCACGACUACAAGAACAUGGGUUCCUUGGCAGACUCGGGCCACUACUAGUCAAAUUGGAGCAUCUUCAACUUGAUUUCCGGGAGACGCAGAGAGACACAAUUGGCCCAUUUUUGCGAUGUGUGAACAGCCUCAGCAGCCUAGACUUGGUUGUGCGCAUGAACGAGGUCAAAAAGAGCCAUAUCAAUCUUGAAGCGGUAUAUCUCCAGUACAUAGCCGCAUUACAGAAGCAUUCUUUUCUCCGGAAGCUCUCCUUGGAGUUCCGAGAAGAGUCGCAGAAUUGCGACGCCGUUGAAAAUGCCCCAUUACACUUCAUAGACAACCUCAAGUGCUUCUCACAGCUUAGCAGUCUCAGAAUCAGCAGCGGAAACGAACAUCACAAACAACGUCUUGUGGAUCUGCUUCGGCACUUGUCAAAGCUACGGGUCCUAGAUGACUAUGGUACACACGCAGGCGGAGCACCGAAUCUCGGCCUAGGAAUGGUCCAUCCGAAUGUGUUUGACGAGUGGUUCAAGGUGCAGCAUGUUGCAUUUUUGUAUCAGCAGGCGCAGUGUCAGCUUCAGUACGUCCGAAUCAAGAAGCGAAUCUUCGAAUUUGAGGAUGGCACCGUCAAUCCGAGAGUGGGAAUUGACCGAUGGUUUGAGAACCGCGUGAGGGUCCUCAAUAACAAUUGUGUACCAAAAGGUGAAUAG